GAUCCCGUAAGUCGGGAGGCCGCGUAGUAGCUGCAGCCUUCGCCGCCGCCGCCACAUUCAACAGGCAGCAGCACCGCAGUCGCGCCGCCCGGGAGAGCGAGCGGCUCGCGGCGUCGGUCCGUCCUCCGGUCCGCGGGCCCUGUCAGCAGGAGCGCGGCGCCGGCGCUGUCCGGGCCCGGCGACACUGGUCAGCCGUCCCGUCGGUGCAGCGGACUCGGAGGAGCCUAGAUGUUGAUGGACUCGCGAAGUUAAGUUCUGGGCUCGCGCUGCCACUACACCGCGCCUUCCUCCCGGUUUCCAUCCGCCGGCGGCACAGACUUCGCCCCCACCCCCCACCAAUCUCGGACGGGCUCUUCGCGCCCUCUUCUCCUUGGCCCCCAGUGCCUCGCUUUACCCCUGGGCUCUACCGCGGCUGGGGGAGGGGCGGGGGUCACCAUGGCCGAAGCGCCCCAGGUGGUGGAGAUCGACCCGGACUUCGAGCCGCUUCCGCGGCCGCGCUCGUGCACCUGGCCGCUGCCCAGGCCGGAGUUUAGCCAGUCCAACUCGGCCACCUCCAGCCCGGCGCCGUCGGGCGGCGCGGCCGCCAACCCCGACGCCGCGGCAGGCCUGCCCUCGGCCUCGGCGGCUGCUGUCAACGCUGACUUCAUGAGCAACCUGAGCCUGCUGGAAGAGAGCGGGGACUUCCAGCAGGCGCCCGGCUCCGUGGCGGCGGCCGCGGCGGCGGCCGCGGUGGCGGCGGCGGCGGCCGCCGCAGCUGCCGCCACCGGGGGGCUGUGCGGGGACUUCCAGGGCCCGGAGGCGGGCUGCCUGCACCCAGCGCCGCCGCAGCCCCCGCCUCCCGGGCCGCUGUCGCAGCACCCGCCUGUUCCCCCGGCCGCCGCGGGGCCUCUCGCGGGGCAGCCGCGCAAGAGUAGUUCGUCCCGCCGCAACGCGUGGGGCAACCUAUCCUACGCAGACCUCAUCACCAAGGCCAUCGAGAGCUCCGCGGAGAAGCGGCUCACACUGUCGCAGAUUUACGAAUGGAUGGUCAAGAGUGUGCCCUACUUCAAGGAUAAGGGAGACAGUAACAGCUCGGCCGGCUGGAAGAAUUCAAUUCGUCAUAAUCUGUCCCUACACAGCAAGUUCAUCCGUGUGCAGAAUGAAGGAACUGGAAAAAGUUCGUGGUGGAUGCUCAACCCUGAGGGAGGCAAGAGUGGAAAGUCCCCCAGGAGAAGAGCGGCCUCCAUGGACAACAACAGUAAGUUUUCUAAGAGCCGAGGCCGAGCCGCCAAGAAAAAGGCCUCCCUCCAGUCCGGCCAGGAGGGUGCCGGGGACAGCCCGGGCUCUCAGUUCUCUAAGUGGCCUGCCAGCCCCGGCUCCCACAGCAACGAUGACUUUGACAACUGGAGCACGUUCCGCCCGCGAACUAGCUCCAAUGCCAGUACCAUCAGCGGGAGACUGUCGCCCAUCAUGACCGAACAGGACGACCUCGGCGAUGGGGACGUGCAUUCCAUGGUGUACCCGCCGUCCGCCGGCAAGAUCACGUCUACGCUCCCCAGCCUGUCUGAGAUAAGCAAUCCUGAAAACAUGGAAAACCUUUUGGAUAAUCUCAACCUCCUCUCAUCACCAACAUCAUUAACUGUUUCAACGCAGUCUUCACCCGGCUCCAUGAUGCAGCAGACGCCGUGCUACUCGUUCGCGCCACCCAACACCAGUCUCAAUUCAGCCAGUCCCAACUACCAGAAAUACACGUACGGCCAAUCCAGCAUGAGUCCUUUGCCCCAGAUGUCAAUGCAGACACUUCAGGACAACAAAUCAAGUUACGGGGGUAUGAGUCAGUACAACUGUGCACCAGGACUCUUGAAGGAGUUACUUACUUCUGACUCCCCUCCCCAUAAUGACAUUCUGACCCCCGUUGACCCGGGGGUGGCCCAGCCCAACAGCCGUGUCCUUGGCCAGAACGUGUUGAUGGGCCCCAAUUCGGUCAUGUCCAGCUAUGGCAGCCAGGCCUCUCAUAACAAAAUGAUGAAUCCCAGCUCCCACACCCACCCUGGCCACGCUCAGCCCGCGUCUGCAGUGAACGGGCGUGCCUUGCCCCACGCGGUCAGCACCAUGCCCCACAGCGCGGGCAUGAACCGCCUGGCCCCCGUGAAGACAGCUGUACAAGUGCCUCUGUCCCACCCCAUGCAGAUGAACGCCCUUGGGGGCUACUCCUUGAUGGGCAGCUGCAACGGCUACGGCAGGAUGGGCCUUCUCCACCAGGAGAAGCUGCCCAGUGACUUGGACGGCAUGUCAAUCGAGAGGUUGGACUGUGACAUGGAGUCCAUCAUUCGGAAUGACCUCAUGGAUGGAGAUACAUUGGAUUUUAAUUUUGACAAUGUGUUGCCCAACCAAAGCUUCCAGCACAGUGUCAAGACGACGACACACAGCUGGGUGUCAGGCUAAGAGUGAGUGAGUGAGCAGGCUACACUUAAAAGUACUUCAGAUUGUCUGACAGCAGGAACUGAGAGAAGUCCAAAGAUGUCCUUCACCCCACCUUUUCGUUUUCUUGAUUUAAAAAAACAUAACAAAAAAACGUUUCUUUUUUCCUUUCGUCAGACUUGGCAGCGAAGACACUUUUCCUGUACAGGAUGUUUGCCCAGUGUUUGCAGGUUAUGUGCUGCUGUAGAUAAGGACUGUGCCAUUGGAAACUUCAUUACAAUCAAGUGCCAAACUCACUACACCAUAUAACUGCAGAAAAGACUUUCGGAUUCUGGUGUGCUUUCAAGUUUUGUAUAUAAGCAGUAGCUACAGAAUUGUACUUGUGUGUGUUUUGUUUUUUUAAAUAUCCAUUUGGUCCAAGGAAAGUUUAUACUCUUUUUGUAAUACUGUGAUGGCCUCUGUCCUUGAUAAGUUAAAUUUUUGUUUGUACUACCUGUGUUCUGCUGAACUGACAUACCAGAGAGCCACGCUCUCUGUUCCGCACCUCCAUUGAACAGCUUUGGACCUGUUCAUGUUGCCACAUAAUUCACAUGAGAACCAAUAGCCUGUUAUCAAUCUGCUGAAUCAAUGGACUUGUCAAACUCUUUUGGGGAAAAAAAAUAGAUUAAAUGCCAGCCUUGUACAGGU